GCUUUGCGCUGUUGCCGAUAACACAAAAGAUCGUGUAUUACAACUUCCGCUAAACAAUAUUAAUAGAGUGAAUUCUCCCUCCCACGAACGUUGCAAGAAAUGUAAAAUGUAUUUAUAAGUAAUUUAAAACAUUUUCUUCACUUUCCCAGCCUGCUAUGCUUGCGCUGAUAUAUUGUAGGUUUCUUAACUGGAUCACUCGAUCACUCUAUAUAUACAAGGUCGCCGUUGUUGCCUGAUUACCUACCUAUAUAUCUUUGUUUACUUUUUUGUUUUACUACCUACUUUGUGUAUCGUAUGUGGCAAUUGGUUUAUUAAACAAAAUGUUGUGAACAAUUUGUGCCAUUAAAAGUUGGUCGUUAAGCCAUGCUGCAGUCUGCUAGUUUCUCGACGAUAAGAUGGCCAAAUCAAAAAACAAUGAUGGUUUAGGGGAACCCCUGGAGUAUGAUCCGGAUUUCAAUGGACCAUUGAAAAGGCGAUCUUGUACGGAUGUUCUUUGUUUAGGUCUUUUUAUCGUAUUUAUUGCAAUAUGGAUCGGGAUAGGAUUAUAUGCGAUAUUGAACGGGGAUCCAAGUAUGCUGUUGGUGCCAAAAGAUUCUUCUGGCCGUAGGUGCGGUAAGGAUACCUCCGUCAAAGAUAAGCCCUACCUAUUAUUUUUCGAUCUGACAAAAUGUCUGGAACCAACUGUCCCGUUCACCGGAUGCCAUACUCCCCAGGUAUGUGUCUCUUCAUGUCCAUCCGAAUUCUAUUUGGAGAAGAAUGGAACGGUGAUGCAUCAGCAUUUCGAAGAGUACUGCAUUCAGCAGGGAGCAGAGCCAGUAGAGCCACAGUGUCCAGAAUGGUUACUGCCCAGUCAACCUUUAGAAAAGAGGUGUAUUCCGAUUUUGGCACAAAUCAACGAAAGCAUGAUCAGUCAAAUUCAAAGCGACUUCAGUCUGGACAAAUUGAAGUCAUCUAUAAGAAAUAUCAAAGUCAUCGGCCAAGCAGAAGAGGUCGGUCUGAACAUAGUUGAAGAUUUGAUACACGCAUGGUGGAAAAUAGCCAUAGGAAUCCUGUUGGCUGUUGUGGCUUGUAUUAUUUACAUAUUGAUUUUACGAUGGACAGCUGCUCCCAUGGUGUGGCUAUCCAUUAUCGGAGUUGUGGUCGCUUUGGCAGCAGGAUUAUAUUUCACCUCAAUGGAAUACACAAAAGCCAAAGAAAGGUACAAUAAUGUCACCGAAUUCGACGAAGAAUCAAAAUCGCAUCUAAAAACCAAACGAGAUUUGUGGUUAGCAGGUUUAAUCAUUUUGGCCAUAGUAACGACGAUCAUAUUGCUCAUGCUGAUAUUUUUGAGGAAGAGAAUCGCAUUGGCCAUAGCUUUGAUCAAGGAAGGAAGCAAGGCGGUGAGUUCAGUCACUGCUUCGUUAUUCUUCCCGAUUUUUCCUUGGAUCCUACAAUUGGGGGUGAUAGCUUAUGCGAUUGCCGUGGCUAUUUAUCUUUCUAGUAUCGGCAAACCACUUUAUGCUACGAGGGAUGUCACAGAUCAGUGUCAUCAAAAUACAGGAAUCCUGAACAACACAAAAUGCGAUCCAGAAGCUUUUCUAAAAGAAACUAGAAGUUCUUGUAUAGACGCUACUUGCAAAUUUAUAAAACUUGAUAGUGAUGCCCUGUAUCCCUAUAUGCAAGUGUACAAUGUAUUCGGAUUCUUCUGGUUGGCAUUUUUCGUGACGGCUCUUGGCCAGAUGGUAUUGGCCGGUAUUUUUGCCCAGUGGUAUUGGACUUUCCACAAAAAGAAUCUACCGUUUUUCUCUGUCACAUCUGCUUUCUUCAGGGCACUCAGAUAUCACAUCGGUACUCUAGCAUUCGGCUCCCUGAUCAUAGCCAUCUGCCGGAUGAUAAGGGUGGUGCUGGAAUACAUCGAUCAGAAAUUGAAAAAGUACGACAACGAACUGACCAAGGCCAUCAUGUGUCUCCUGAAGUGCUUCUUCUAUUGCCUGGAGAAAUUCCUCAAGUUCAUCAACAAGAAUGCCUACAUAAUGUGCGCGGUUCACGGCAAAAAUUUCUGCGCCAGUGCCAAAGAUGCUUUUAUGCUGCUCAUGAGGAACAUCAUAAGAGUUUUCGUCCUUGAUAAGGUGACUGACUUUCUGUUUUUCUUGAGUAAACUCCUAUUGACUCUCGGAGUGGGUGCAGUAUCGUACGUCUUUUUCGCCACCGAUUUGGUCUCUUUCAUCGACAAUUCCAACCUGAAUUACGGCCUCGUCCCCGUGGUCAUAAUAAUGAUCAGCACCUACUUGAUCGCGUCGCUGUUCUUCAGCGUCUACAGUAUGGCCGUGGAUACGUUAUUCUUAUGUUUUUUGGAAGACUGCGAGAGAAACGAUGGUACGCCUCAAAAGCCAUAUUUCAUGUCGAAAAAUCUCAUGAAAAUAUUCGGAAAGCGUAAUAGGAAGCAAGAUUGAGUAAUCUAGUCAUUUUAAAAAUUACGGUUUUCUAGAAAUACAGCAUUUUUUAAAUUAUUGUAAAUGUAUACCUACCUAUGUAUUUUUAUCUACUUUUGUCAUACUUUAUAUUAUAUGAAAUUUAUAUUCGUCUACCUAUCAAUUUGUAUGUGAAAGAAAAUUUGAUCUAACUGUGAUAUAUUGUAAAACAACGUGCAUAUAAAUAAUACCCAGAGUUAUGUAUCACCAGAAAGAAUAAUGUUUAUGGGACAAAUUAUAUUAUAUAUUUAUGUACUUUCAU